AUGAAUUCUAUUUUUAUAAAAUUUUUCCUAAUAGCUUUAAUAUUAUCAUUUGCUUAUGCGGCUGAAAAAGGCCCAGUAAAUGAAGCAAAAAAAGAUGAAAAAGCAGAAAUAACGGCACAGUCAAAAACAAUAGAAGGGGCUGUAAAACCUGAAGCAAACCCUAAUCUAAUAUUUCAAUCUAAAAAUAAAGAAAAAUCUGAUGUUGCUCCUCCGUUUAUUGUCAAAUCAGGAGAUGGAAAAGAUGAACGGCAAAAACGCUGGGGCUAUGGAUAUGGUGGAUGGGGUGGCUAUGGAGGUUGGGGCGGUUUUGGAGGAGGAUGGGGAUGGGGUGGAGGUUAUGGUGGAGGAUGGGGAUGUUGUGGAGGAUAUGGUUAUGGUGGUUGGGGAUGGGGACGAAAAUAA